AAUUCUCAAUUUUAGCUGUAAUAUAAUAAACACAUUAUCUCUUUUCUUUCUACUGCAUUUUUCUCUCUAGUACUAAGAGAAAAAUCAGAUAGAAAGAGUAGGAGCAAUAAAUCCAAAAAGGGAAAAGAAAAAUAAUGGCAAUAGUGAGGAGGCCAUUUGGGUACUCGAAGGUAGAUAAGGAGGACCCAGACGAGAAAAUCCAUCGAAGAGCACAGUUCUUGAUCUAUAAAGUAUUGGAGAAAGCAGAUUCGCGAAGAACGAGACCAUCUUAUCUGAGAAUUAGAAUAAGAAAGUUGAAGGUUAAGAUCGGUAAGAGAUUAACAAAGUUGAGGAAGAGCAUGUUGAUAGGCAUAUCUGCAGCUAAAGUUAGCGUUGGUAAACAAGUUUGUUGUCAGCUCAAGACUUGCAAGCGAUUGUUUAGCCGUGGUGAGAGGACAGUUCUUAGUCUUCCUCCCCUGUUCACUUGAAGUUCUCUGUCUCUCUAUCUCUGUCUCUCUUUCAUCCUUUAUUUUCUUUUUUGGUUUUGUGCUCAAGGAUUAGUACAGGGUUUAAAGGAUGUUUUGUCACUUUCUCGUUAAUAUAUGUGUAAUAUUAUAGUCUGUAUUGCUGAAUUUUUAUUUGUUUCU